AUAAAAAGCCAAAAGGAGUGUGUGUCUCUUAAGGGGUAACAAAAACUUUGUCAUAGCAUAGGAAAAAUCGUUAGCAAGCAUUUCUUAACUAUGACUAUAAAAUUUCGAAAACUCUGCAAACUUAUCUGGUUAAGUAACCCUCGUUUCAAAAUAAAACACUGAACUAUUAAAGGUCAGUAAGUUAUCAAAAUUAGUUAAGGCGAACGUUUUUGCUACAGUGUGAACAGAACAGAGUGCGUAAAUGCAAUGCAAUUCUUCUGGUUGUUAGUAAUUUUUGGAUUCAGUUCUUGCACCUCCGGAUGGCCAAUUUCCGAAUCGAGCAAUCACAGUAUACCUCACGAAGGGCAUUGCUUUAGCUUACGCCCCGGUGUUGGUUCAAUGAAAAAGGGCGAGUUUAAGACUCUAUCACACGUGUGUAUUCUGGCAAUGUGUGAUGAUGAUAAAGAUGGUACAAUCUACUAUAACGCUUGCUAUAGAAAACCUUUACCACCAUACUGCGUUUCUCUAAAAGGAGAAUCUUCGAAACCUUACCCUCAAUGCUGCCCUUACGUAAAUUGUAAAUCACUAUUUUGAUUUGAUAUUAUAAUUAAUUGGACGACAAGAAUGUACCGAGUAAGUUGGAGUACUCAUGGCUACAUUUUAUGGAGAUCCAAAACGCAAAUCAUUCCCCAUAAAACUUUAAUUGUUGUAAAAUUCAAAUUUUGCGUUUUGGAUCUCCAUUAACGAUUGACUCCAUUGUGAGAAAACUAAGAUCAAGAUGGACCUCAACAAUUAGGCUACAUUUAUAGAUAAAUAUUCGUCGAUGAGCAAGAAAUGUUAAUGUUAAUAGUCGCCGGAUCUGUACCAGUUGUAGGUUAUACGAGAAAACUUUAGUAUUAUACUACCUACUUAUAUAGCAGUUGUAGAAGUAUAGAUAUAAAUUUACACUGAACAUUGCACUAUAUAGUGUGUUCUAUCUACAAUAGACCAUUUUUAAACCUU